AGCGAGUGGUGCCAGAAUUGAUCCAAGCAAGUUGCUUUCACCAUGGAGCGCGUCGAAGCCAAGAUGGACGGAGUGAGCCAGCGCCUGGCUGCAGUCGAGAAGUCGCUCAGCACGGUCGGUGGCGGCGACCUGAAGGCCUUCCAGGAACAAAUGCUUGUAGCGCUGCGCCAGUUGCGCGAGGCGAUGGUCAAGGACGCUGCGACCUCGGCCCCAGCCGCUAGCUCCAUCUCGAACGAGGCUGCUCUCCGCGAGGAGAAUGAGGCUCUUAAGAAGCAGGUCGAGAAACUCAACUACCGCGUCUCGCACUUGCUUCGCCAUGUUGCCAACUAAGGAGGUAAAGAAGAGAAAGGUGUUAAUACCGCAGCCC